AUGCAGGGGGAUCCAAAGCUCCCUGUUGCAGCAGCGAAUGCUGCUGGGGCACCUACUGCUGCAGCACUACCUGUUGCAGCAGCAGCAACGCCUGGUGCAGCUCCUGCUGCACCUCCCGUCACACCAGCUGCUGUUGGUGCUGCUGCAACAACAUCUGCUGCGGCAUUACCAAAUCCAGCAGCAACAGCAACGGCGCCCCUUGCAGCAGCAGGCGCCCCCCCGGUUGUAGCAGCAGCAGCACCCAUGACAAUUACAGCUGCAGCAGGAACACCUGCAGCAGCAGCAGCAGCAAUGCAACCUGUAUUUCCUCCGGUGGAUGUUUGUGUUGCACCGCAAGAUGGCACGGCUCAGGCACCAGCAGCAGCAGCAGGAACAGCAGCAGCACAAGUACCUGCUGCUGCUAGCCGUCUAGCGCAGCUGUUUCCAGCAGCAGCUGCAACGCUGCAGCACUUUGUAAUGAACAUAGAUCGUUUCUGUGAGGGACCGGGCAGCAGUAGCAGUAGCAGCAGCAGUAGCAGCAGCGGCAGCAGCAGUAGCCUUAACUGCAUGAGCAUCAGUAGCAGCAGCAGCAUAGGGACUGAAGAUGCCUCUGAGCGGCUUUCCGCUGCUCGAAGCUGCUGUGUUGCACUGCAGCAGAUAACAGCAGCAGAAGCAGCAGCAGGCAGCGCAGCAGCAGAAGCAGCAGGAGGCACAAGCUAUGCCGCAGGAGCGGGAGCUGCUUCCAUCGAGGCUGCUGCGUUGUUGCUGCCAGCUGUGCUGCAGCUGCUGCAGCGGCUAGAGAUAGGGAGAAGGGAGGGAGAGCCACAUGCGCUGCAGCAGCAGCUGCUCCUGCUGCUGCGGGCUCUUGCAGUUCCUGCUGCAGCACCCCUUGUGUUGACACCGCAGCAGCUUGCUGCGCUGACACCGCAGCAGCAGCAGCAGCUCCUCGACAAUCACGCUACACUCCUCCCAAGCAUUGGAGGCGGUUGCGAAGAAUGCGCUGUUCGAUGUUUAGGGACGUUAAUUGAAAUCUCCAAACAAAUUAAAGAACCGAAGGGUUUAGCAGAAGAACUUAUUGCUAAAACGCUACCUCCUAUAUAUGAAAAGCUGAUUGCCGCGAUAGAGGGACAGGUGGAGACCUACAAACGAACAGGAGUGCUACCCAAGCCUGGCGAGCUCCCGCUCGGAAGCGUAAAAAGGGAUACUGGACAGCUAACACCUGCACAUUUAUCUGUUCGUGUUGGAGGAGAUGCUGCCUACUGCAUUAUUGCAUUAAAUGCAAAACUUAAAACCCUUAAAGUCUUCGAAGCACCCCAUAACAGGGUUUGCCUCGAUUUGCUGCUUCGCAUUGUGGGGUUGGAGUUGCCUCCUGCCUUCCUCAAUGAUCCAGCGACGGCGGAAGCCAGCAAAGAUUUAUUUCAAGCGCAAAGCCGCAUUUUGCUGUUCAUCUGCUACUUGCUGAAGAACAAAGCCACAGGCGACAGCAGCAACAGCAACGCUAGCAGCAGCAGCAGCAGUUUGGACAGCUUCACAACAAAGGCGCUGCAGCAGCUGCCGCAAGUGAUGGUUAGGCUGCUCCAGGCCCUCAAGCCACCGCUUUUCCUCAAGAGAAAGACUGUACACGAGGCGGCAAAACUGCUGGCAGCAUCUCCCUUUGUGUCGGCAUUAAACCCCGUUGUGGAGCAGCUGAUGGCCUUGGAGCUUGCAGUGUUUACAGAACGCAUCGACUCCUGUUUGCUAAGGGUGUACACCAUAUGUCAUCUCCACGACUUUUUGCUUAUUUUCCCUUCGCCUAUUUGCGUUUCUCUCUCUCUGCUGCUGCGGAUAGUGCGUUGGUGCGGUUUGCUGCUGCUGCAGUCUAGGCCGCACCUGUCAGCAGCAGCAGCAACAGCAGCAGCAGCUGCAGCAGCAGCAGCGCUCAAGUCGUUUGAGAAUGAAGAUGGCGGGGCUUUCCAUGCCGCGGCAGCGGCAGCGGCGGCAGCAGCAGCAACGGCAGCAACCGAAACAGAACGCAGUGGGGGCCUUGGUGCAACAACAGCAGCAACAGCAGCAGCCGCAGCAACCGGAGGAACCCUGCUAGCCGAUCUGAGCAUUCGGCAUUUGGUUGCAAAGCUGUUGAACUUUGUCUGUGAUUUGGCAGUCAACAAGUUUUCAGAUGCUGCAGCAGCAGCAGCAGCAGCUGAAGCAUCAGCAGCAGACACAGAAGCAGCAACGGGACCUGCUACAGCAGACCCUGGUGCUGCUUCAUACAAAACCGCGGCCGACGCUGCAGCCACACCACAAACAUCUGCGGCUCAUGCGGGACAUGUAGACACGUCAGCAAUGGGUGCUGCCGCUGCACCUGCUUCUGCAGCAGACACUCAUGGGAGCCAAACACGCGACGCAGCGCCCGAUGCAGCAGCAACAGCAACGGCAGGGGCGCAAUCAACAGCAGGAACUGUAGCAGGAGCGACAGGGGAAGCUUGGCAAGGACAAGGAGCUACAGCAGUAAACAGCAGCAGCACCAGCAAGGAAACAGUGCAGCGCAUGCAGAAGGAAACAAUGAAUUUGCUGCUUCUAGCCCUGCGUAUACUUUGCUCUUGUCUUGUGGAGCUUCAGGCAGAAAUCCCGCAUAUGCAUGCAGCGGCUUGCAGCGACGGCCUUGAAGAGGCCGAAAUCAGCGUUAGCAGUAGCAGAAACCGAGUUUAUUUUUAUCCGCCUGCAGUGCCUCUGCCAGGGGUUGGGGGAUCAGCAGCGGGACCCGCAGGAACAGCAGCAGCAGCAGCAGCUGCUGCUGCAGCAAAGCCGCUGACCCCGCAACAGCAGCAAAUAUACCAGGGAUUUUUGAGGGAAACAAAGAGUUUGCUGCGCAGCACCUGUAUAGCUCUGCGUUGUCUAGUCUAUCAGAUUGUGGUGCUGCCUCUGCAGCAGCAGCAGCGCCGUCAGCAGCAGCAGCAACAACAGCAAGGGGCGGCAGGCUCGUCGUUUCCUGCAGGCCCAGCAGCUGCAUCUGGAGGAGGUAGCGGCAAUAGCAGCAGCAACAAAAGGACAUCCUUCGAUGUGCGGUUGCUCCCACAAGGGCAGAUGCUGCCUCCUGGGUAUAGGGGCUUGCUUGCUGAAGCCUUCUAUGCCACUGUAGGCAGCGCGCUUACUUAUGCAAAGUGCUUUGCAUAUGCCGCGACGUCAAGGCUGCAGCACCAUGUUGAAGAGGGCGGCAUUGGCUGCACCCUCAUUGCCUUACCUCCCACGUACCCCGUGGCGGGCUCCUUGUUCAAGGGUAUACCGGAGGCAGUGGAGGUAUUGGGGUUGAAUGUUGCCCAAGUGGAGGAGAAGGAGUUGCUGGAACUUGCCUCUUCUUCUCUUGCCUUUUUGCAUCCUUCCGAUGCUGCUGCAUUUGCUGCUGAAGCAGCAGCGCCCCUGCAGCAGCUUCUGGCUCUUUACCCGCAAUGUGUUGGCCUCAUUCAAUUCUUCUUGGGGCACCAACACACCAGCAAGACGUUUGCCUGGGCCUUCUUAGAAUAUUUGACCCCUCGGCUUUCGCUGCUGAGGGAGCGGCGUGCAGCGCUUCUACCCCCGAUGCAGCCGCAGCGCAACCGAAUCAUCCCCUGCAUGCGUAACAGCAGCAGCAGCAGCAGCACCUACAGCAGCAGCGGCAGCAGCGACAACAGCAGCAACAGCAGCGGGAACCGGCAUAGCGAUGAGGUCCUCCUUGAGGUGUAUAGACAGUUUGAUGGGUGCACACAACUCUCAGGGGAGGCGAGCGAUCUACUGAUGUUACCCUUAGAAAUGCAAGUCCCCGUCGCUGGCCAAGGCGUGUUGUGUUUAAUGCCCUUUCCGCAUAUAUCUGCUCAACUUGUGGGGCCAUCGCAAGCCCCUGAUGCUGCAGCAACAUGCGCAAGGCAUGCAUGGCAGCGGUUGUGUGCAGCACGGCCUCCUGCUGCUGCUUCUGCUGCGGCUGCUUGUGGCUGCUGCUGCAGCAACAGCAGUAGCAACAGCUGCAGCAGCAGCAGCAGCAGUAACUUCUGCUGCUGCAGCAGCACAGGAGGCAGACCCCCCAGACAGCUGGGCUUGUCUCAGCAACUCCUCUUUUCCGUCGACAUCUUUGAUCGAGCUGAUGCAGUCGCGGCCCAGGACGCAUUCAAGGUUUGCGACCCAGUGGUUGACGCCGCCAUAUUGCGUGGGGCCUCCCGAGUGCCUGAAAGCUCGCAGCAGUUUAUUGUGAACCAUCAGGAUGUGCUUAAGGCCCAUGGUUCUACGAUAUUGACUCUACCUGAGUUGUGCAGCAGCUCAGGCAACAGCAGCGUCAGUCCGCAUGCACCAGAUUUUGCUUCUGCUGCUGCUGCUAGCAGCCUCUCCGAGAUAUCUCCUCGCCUGUCAAGGGUCGGCUUGGAGCGGCUGCUACUGCAACAGCAGGAGCACUGUUGCAUAUACCCCUCCACGUAUCUUCCUCAGUACUACGGCAAGGAGGGCUGCUGCUGCUGCGCAUGCACGGACGCAACAGCAGCAGCAGUGGCGGCAGCAAAAGCUUCUGCGACUUCACCCGCCGCUGCAGCAGCAGCUGCUGCUACUGUUGCUGCUGCUGGGCCCAUCAGUGUGCAGCAGCGGAAGCUUGGCUGCCGCUGCGGCCGCUGCUCCCCUCUGUUACCGCAGCCGACGCAGCACACUGCUGCUGCUGCUGCUGCUGCACAGAUGGUGCAGAGAAUGCUGCAGCUGCGCAGUGCGGAUGAGCCCAGUGCGGGGCCAUCUGCUGCAGCUCCGAAUGCGGCCCCUGCGCCUGCAGGUACACCAGCAAGAGCAGCAGCAACAACACCAGCAGCAGCAGAAACAGCACCUACUGCUGCUUGGCCCUUCCCUCCUGUUAAGCCUUGGGUGGGUCCCAGCACAUACGUUGAUACCGGAGAUAUAUGUCCUGGAGAAGACGGCUUGCUACAGGCAGGCACAGGGUUCUGCCGCAUGAGUCCCGUUGCUUCACUAGUGCGGCUAUUCCGGUAUCUGCUCAAGGCGGUCGUCGGUUGUCGGGACUGCGAAGCUACUCUCGCAUACCCAUUCCUCCAACACAUCUGUAGAAGCAGCGCUCACCUGGCUAGUAUAAGCAACUUUUCGCAUGUGUUGCUGGGUCUGCUAAGAGUCUUUCUGCGCCAGAUAACCCCACCUGGUCGAUCGAUCCAUUUCUUUGCUUCCUUCACCCCUCUGUUACAUUCUUACCUCCAGACGUGUGCAGCGCAGCAGCAGUCCGGGUUUUUGGUGUAUCCGCUUCUGCGGUCUCUACGAAGCUCCGAUGCGGAUCUUUUAACUCUUAGUCUUCGCACAAUUGAAUUAUGGGUAGAACAUCUUCACGCUGAUUUUGUUUAUCCCGUCCUUGCGUCUCAGGUGCAGCAGGGGGCGCGGCAGCAGCGAAGAACAUUGCUGUUGUCAGCGUUGCUGCAGUUGCUGCAGCCGCUGCCUCCUCCUGCCCCGACGCCGUCGUUGCUGCUGUCUCGCUACUUCAUAACAAGCUGUAGCAGCAGCAGUAGCAGCAGCAGCAGCAUCGUGCAGCAACAGCAGCACGAGAAGCAUGCAGAGAUGGUCAUAAAAAUCCUCGGCAAGCUCGGAGGAAAGAACAGAGCUUUCUUAAAAGACGCAGCUGUCUGUACACCCGAACCCUAUUUUAAGCCGGUCCUCAGCAUCGGCCUCCCUAUAGGACCUUGCAGCAGCAGCAGCGGGGACUCACAGCGGCAAUCUGUAGAAGUUGAUGAUGAUUGUUUGCUGGUUGCUGCAGAACCGCUGCAGCAGCGCCAUCACCAGCAGGAACAGGAACGCGUUGCAUGCAUGACUGCAGCCGCAGCAGCAGCACACCGCAACUACAGCAACAGCAGUGCCAGCCGCAUCUGCUACGAAACUGUGCUGCAGCUGGGUCUUGAUCGCGUCGUAGCGCUUGUGCUGCAGCUGCUGCAGCACGCUGAUGCAGACAGAGCAGCAGCAAGUCUGUGCUAUGCUUCUGAGCCGCUUCUUACUUCUGUGGGAUCUCGUAUUGCAGCACCACCGCACCAGCAGCAACAACAGCAGCAGCCGCGGCGGCAGCAGCCAGCUGUCCGCGCUCUGAGGAGAGCUCUAUCGAUCAUCCGCAGCCAAAAGAGCAGCAACAGCAGUAGCGGCAGCCCAAGCGAUGCCAGCGAGAGCAGCACGACUGCAGAAGAGGAUUCGGAGGAGGAAAUCGGCGGAAGCAAUAGCCCUUCAGCAGAAGCAGCUGCAGUUGAGACAGCGGAGCGGGAAGGCCUGCAGCUGCUACAUGGGCUUUUUGCUUCCGACGGCGCUGCAUCCCCCGGCUUGUGUCUCUCCUUAUGCGAGAGUUGUGUUGCUGCAGACAUGCGCAGCAGUGCAGGGCAGCUGCUGCAGCAGGUGCUGCUGCUGCUUGUUGACUUCGAUUCUCCCCUCUCCUUAUACUGGUUGCUGCUUACCACCCGUGCUGCAGCUACUACGCUGCAGCAACAGCAACAACAUCAGCAUCAGCAGCCGCGAGUCAUCUAUGUGAAGGACAGCAGAAAGGAGAGCAGCAGCAGCAGUAGUACGGCCAUUCCUGAUGCUAGUGGGCUCCCGCUGCUGCCACAGUCGGGUGCCCGGCUACCUGCUGCUGUUGCUGCUGCGCUGCAGCAGCAGCAUGUAGAUUUUUGCAGCGAUAGGGUGAUACCUACAGCAGUAGCAGCACAGCAUCAGGAGCUGUUUGAGCGGCAGCAGUUGCUGCUGCAGCAACAGCAACAGCAAUGGGACGGUCUUGCUGCUGCUGCGGUUGCUUAUCCCCUAGAUAAGCGGCGUGCUGCACUGCGGUCUAGGUGCCACAGGGAGGCGGAGCAGCUGCUGCUGCAGCAACUGCUUCAGGCCUUGCUGCUUCUUGCAUGCGACGACGCUGUCUAUGAAAGCCGGCAGCAGCAGCUAGCCGUGCUCAGGGAACGCGAUCUGCCCCCUGACCAACGGAAGCAGCAGCAGCAGCAGCAGCAGGAGACGACAACCAGCAGCAGCUGUGCAACAUUUGUCUACAACUUGCUGCAGCACUGCGCACUCAUCUUUGCUGCUCGUGUGGGGUCAGAGGAUGCCCCUCUCCUCUCCAGCAGCGCGGCGCUGCACGAACUGGACGCUGCAUGCGUUGUUAGGGCAUUGAUUGGUUGUCUUCGCGUUGAAGCAUCAGCGUUGCUGCCAACAUUGCAUGCAGUCCGAGCUCUGGAGAACUGCUGCAAGACGUUUGUCUUGGUGCAACCGGGUUGUGCAGCAGCUGGCUGCAGCAGCAACUUGUUGGUGGUUUGCUGUGGGGCCCUUGUACGUCUUUGCUUCUCUUCUAAGGGUACGGAUGCGCGGUUGAGUGCCUCUCUAGCGGAGGAGUUGAUGCUGUUGCUGCUGGCCCACAGCUGCCUUGGUUACUGCGGUAGAGUGCGCCUGCCUUGGCUGCUGCAGCUGUUCCGUUACGUGGGAACGCAUCAGCAACUGUCGCAGCAGCAGCAAGAGCAGCAGCAGCAAUACGAGCAGCAGCUCCUACAGCAGCAGGCCCACUCCCCCUUCCUUCGUGGCGUCCUGGCUGCAGCUGAAGCUGAUGCGGCCUUAGGUGCUGCAGCAGAUGCUGCAGCAGCACAUGCCGCAGACCCAGCAGCAGCAGCAGCUGCUGCUGCUGCGGCGCCCCCUCCAGAUGCCAAAUGGGCCUUACCUCCUCCCAUUCCUGAGGACUACCCGCUGCAGCAGCAGCAGCGGCGGCAGCCAUACGCUGGAGGCCCUUGGUGGCUGAAACGCAGCGAAUUCAUUACGCUGCACCAGCUACAGCAGCAGCUACAGCUACAGCAGCAGCAGCAGCAGCAGCAGGGUCUGCAUGCGCGUUCGUCGUGUGGCAGCCUCGACGAUUGCUCUUCUCCCACAUCGCCAACGCCUACACAAACACCACCACAAGCACCAUCAUCAGUGGCAGCAGCAGCAGAUGCUUCUCAAGACGAAGACACGGGAAGGUUGCUGCAGCGAGUUUGGCGUUGCAUGGAUGUGCAUUUGCUGCCAGCAGUCUUCCAUCAGAAUCCGAUCUGCAGGGAAUCUGCACAGCGACUGCUGCUCCUGUUGCCGUUGCUGAUAGGCAGCAGUGCAACAGAAAUCCUGAGUCACAGCAAUGCAGCAGCUGCUGCUACUGCUGCCUCAACAGCAGCAGCAGCUGCUGCUAAUGGGGUGGAGGGCAGCAGCCCCGGAGUUACCGGUGAGGACAAACUACUGCUGCCACAACAGCAGCAACAGGGGGCAUCAGCAAGUUCCCGCCACAGCAGCAACAGCACCAACCCCAACAGUAGCAGCAACAGCAGCAGUAGCAACAGCAACAACAACAACAACAGCUGGCCGCUGCUGAGAGUGCUGCGAUGGGUAACACUGCGACACCUGCGGCUGCUAUCUCCUUUGUGGCAAUCGGCCUUUUUAGAUUGUGUUUGUUUUGUUGCUGCUUUGCGGCCUUCUCCCCGUGGUCUUGUCCCUGGUAAAGCUGCUCUUGCAGCUGUUGGUGCUGCAGCAGCAGCUGCAGCAGCAGCUGCUGCUACAACUCCCGGUGCGCCGGAGGAUCCAGCUGCAACUGGCACCGGCGCAGCAGCAGCUGCUGCUGCUGCCGUUGCUGCCGCUAAUGCUGCAGCAGCAGAUGGACUUACUGUCAUCUGCUGGUUGUUGGACGACACUCUCGCUGUUGUUUACCGCGGCCUCCAGAGCUUUGCUGCUGCUGCUGCCACUGCUGCAGCAGCACAAGCUGCUGCUCUGGGUGUUGGUGGUGCAGCAGCAGCAGAAUCGCAUCACCAGCAACAGCAGCAACAACAGCAGCAACAGCAGCAGCAGCAGCAAGAACAGCAGCGAGAUGGAGGCGGCACGCCACCUGCUGGUGCACCUCACAACAGCAGCAACUCCAACACCCCAGGCAGUGCCCAAAGCGCUACUGCAGCUGCGCCGUCCCCAGCAGGGGCAGCAGCAGCAACAACGGCCGCAGGAGCAACACCGACAGCAGCAGCAGCGGCAGCAACGGCGAAGCAAGCGCCUGCAGCUACAGGGGCUGUCCCGUCUAUAUCGGUUGAGGCGGAUGCAUUAAAUGCAUUGCUGCUUGCAAUCCGCUUCUUGAAGCUUGCUGUACUGCAUGAAGACUGGAGGCCACUGUUGCUGCUGCCGCGGCUUCCGCUGCAGCAGCUGCUGCAUGCAGCCCGGAAGGACCAGCCAGCUGCUGCUGCGCAGGUGGCAGGGCCAGCAGGCAACCCAAACAGCGGAACUACCAACAGUAGUUCUCUCAAUGCAGCAGCAACCGCGGCAGCAGCAGCCGCUGCUGCUGCUGAUGCUAGCGUCCCCUUCGUUAUAACAUCCGCCCCGCCCUUGGCGCCUGCGCUGCAGCACUGCGUCGUGGGCAUUGCCAACUGCCUCUUCCUCCCCUUCGAGGACCUGUCGCGAGCAGCAAUGCAUGCGCUGAAGGUGCUGCUACAACACGAGCGAAACAGCAGCAGGAGCAGCAGCAGCAAUUCUGGGAGCAGCAGACUGGUUGCUGCUGCGCUGGAGGAUAUUGUAUGGCCUGCUGUUGAGCAACAGUUGGAGGCGGCGGUGGCGUCCUCAGCAGCAGGAGCAGCAGACCCUGUGGCAGCAGCAGCAGCAGUAGCAGCAGAACGCCUGGGAGCCGCUUUGCUGCCAAGCGAGAAUUAUCUUGUGGGGUUGCUGCAGGGGGUUUCGCGAUUGCUGCACCUAAACCCUGAUGCAUGCAUUCCUGAGAAGAGGCCCCUGCUGCAAAAACUGCUGCAGCAGCUGCUGCAGCAUACCUUUGCUGUUGCUGCACUUGAAGGCUGCUACUCCUCAUCUGUGGCAUGCUGCGGUAGCAGCAGCACCAGCAGCAGCGGCAACACCCCAGCAGCAGUACGAUUCCUGCACAGCGCUGCUCCCGAAGGCAUUGCCGCCUCCUCUAACAUAUUGGUCUGGCGCCCGGCGGCUGCAUGCAUAGCAGCUCUGGCUUUUAUGCCUUCAACUGAAAACUUGCAGCAGCUGCUGCUGUCUUUGCUGCGGCCUUCCGGCAGCAGCAGCAACCCAACAGAGGCACAGCAGCUGCUGCAGCGGCUGCUGGCGUUGCAGUGUCCGCUGUAUGCUGCACCCUUAAGUUCCCUCUUCAACCGAUUUCCUGCUGAUGCUGCUGCUGCACUUUUGCUGCCUUUGCUCACGGAGGCGGGACAGCAACAUCUGCAGCAGCAGCAACAGCAGAUGCAGCAGCAGCAUCAAGUCUUCCAAUACUGCAGCAUGAAGGAGGCAUUCCUCGAGGUGCUGCUGCAGCAUCUGGAAAUUACUUCGGCCCGGCCUUUGAGGCUGGCGGUGCUGAGGCUUCUUCCUGAAAUGAAAUCAGCGCUGCGCUCGGAGAUGGCGAUCAGCAGCACGAGCAGCAGCAGCAGUUUGCGGUUUGCUGCUGUAACAGUCACACGGGUCUGCUUUGCGCUGCAGCAGGCUCAUCCCGAUCUCCUCUUUGCCGAUUUCCUGCUGUCUUCGGCCAUUCAGCAACAGCAGCAGCAGCAGCAGCAGAACGCGUCUCUAGUUGAGCUAUUCUGUGAGUAUUUAGACGCGGCUUCUGACGGGAGCCCUGUGCCGCAGGCGCAGGCGGUGGAAGCGGCAACAGCAGCAGCAGCAGCUGCUGCUGCUGCCUCACCUCCAGCAGAGAAGGGGGCAGCAGCAGCUGCUGCAGCGCUGACUGCAGCAGAAGAUUACCACUUACAGGAAGCAGACAGGGAGGAGCUGCUGCUGCAGGCGAAGCAGCUUACAGCCUUCUUGCAUUUUGCGGUGUCUCCGGAGCUGCAAGGAAAGGCCGACGCUUACUUACUGGGUUGGCUGCAGCAACAGCAACAGCAGCGGCAGCAGCAGCAACAACAGGAAGAGGUGCCAAUGAGCUCUGGUGUAUUUGUGGCCUUGAUUAGGCAGCAGCAGCAGUUGCUGCAGCAGCAAACCAUUGGGGUAAUUCGUACACUUGUGCGGUGUUGCAGCAUUGGCAGCACUGUCUCUCGUUUUUCUUUUGUACCCCUUUUGCUGCAGCAGCAAAUCCUGCCGCAGCUGCUGCUGAGACAAAAGCAACGCCUCCUAAUGACCUGCUUCGCAGAGCUGGAGGUGGCUGAGGCAGCAGCUGCGGCUGCAGCAGGAACUGCUCCCUCUGCUUCUGACAGCAGCCCUCCUCCAGGACCUGUUAAGGCGCUGCAGCUCUCCAUGGUCGUCGAGCUCUUAGUGCAGCCGGUUCUUCGCGAGCUGCUCCAACCGCAAAGUAGCAGCAGUAGCAGAACUGACAGCAGCAACCCGGAGCAGCCUGUUGGGAUGCUGUCUGCAGCAGAUUCGAGGCUGCUGCUGCAGUUGCUCAGUGCUGCUGUCGUCAAACUCGAGCCGAUCCUGAAGGCCCAUGACUCCCUAUGCAUGGCCUUCUUGGAGACUGUUAGGGUGGCGGUGCGGCUGCUGCUGUACGACACUAAAGCGCGGCAGCAACUUCUGUCCUUUGCGUGGCGCACAGCGUGUCAAGGCGACAGCAUUGCCGUACAGCACAUGGCGGUGCUCCUGUUGGCUGAGGUAUCUAGACACCUGGCGCUGCAGCAGCAGCGGUUGCCGCUGCUGCUGCUGCAGUCCGUGUUAUCAUGGCAGGCUUCUCCCCGCCCUCAGUUGCUGCGUCGCGCUGCUGGUUUGCUGUUGCAGCAGCUUGUAGGGUUGCCUACUGUAUUGCUGCCGCUGCAGCUAGAAGGGAGCAGCAGCGGUGGCAGUAGCAGCUAUAACAGCAAUAACAACGUCAGCGGCGUCGCCAACAACAGCAGCAGCAACACCAACAACGCCCGCCUUGCGCCUUCUUGGCUGCGGCUGCUGUUGCGUGCCUCUGGAGAUAUCCCGCUGCUGCAGUUCUUGAGAGUGACGCAACAGCACGAGCACAUUUUAUUCUUCUAUCGGCAUUCGGUGGUGCAGCUGCUGCUGGGGGCAGCGCAGCAGCUGGUGCAUGUCAGCAGCAGCAGCAGCAACGCAGCCCCGGGGAAAACAGACAGCAGAAAGCAUGUACUCGAAAUCCUUGAUAUCUUUAUCACGUGGGAGAGACGGGCUGUGCUGCUGCAGUUGCUCAACGGCAGCAAAGACAGCAGCAGUAACAGCAGCGCAGCAGCAGCGGACAAACGCCGUAGGCUGGACUCUGGAGAGCAGCAGCAGCAACAGGAGUCGCAGCAACAGGAGCACCAGCACCAGCAACAGGAUGACAUACUUGCAGACCUGCCAGCUGCAUUGGCUCUAUGCAGAGAGCAACAGCAGCAACAGCAGCAGCGGAAGGAGCUGAAGUUGCUGCAGCACAUGGGGCAAGUAGUGUACGACAGCAGUGCAGCAAUUGCGCAGCAGUUGAAUAUAGACUUGAAGCAGCAGCUGCAGCAACACGACUGGUGCAGCAGCACCACAGAGUGCAACCUCGUGUAUGCGGAACCCGCGGCGGCAGCAGUCGCAGCAGCAGGGCAGCAGCAGCUGCCACUAAUUGAUUUGCAUGCUGCGCAGGACCAGCAGCAACAGCCGCAGCAGCAACAGCAGCUUCUGGUGGCACUGGCUGCAGCCCAUGUUGCCGUUGAAAACAAGGGAGUAAACUGCACAUGCAACGGCUGCAAUAGCAGCAGCAGCAACAGCAUCAUCACCACCAUUACCUGCAACAGCAGCAUCAGUAGCAGCAACAGCAGCAGCAACAGCAGCAACAGCAGCAGCAACAGCAGCGUAGAAAAUUCCAUUUGUGCUUGGCGUGGGGGGCUGCGUAAUGUGGUGCUGCUGCUGGGGACGUGCUGCAGCAGCAGCAACGCGAGGGUUUGCUCUUCUCUACAGCACUUAACUGCUAAGUUAGUGCUACUGCACCGCCCUUCCGCUGCCUAUCUUGCUGCUGCUGGUGCUGGGUCAAAGGCCUUUGCUGCUUGGCGCAGCAGCAAUAGCAACAGCAGCAGCAGCAACUGGUGGAGCGCGCCUCCCCCGCAACACUUGAGCCCCGAAGAUCUCCUGUAUGAGCGCAUCGCUGCAGCAAUUUCGACGGGGCUGCGAUCGCUGUCCAAUCCUAAGGAGCGUUUGCUGCUACCAGGGGAGGGUUGUGAAAUUAACAGCGUGCCGGUGCGGAUGGCAGCAGCGGUGGCGCUGCUGCGGGGACUGAUCAGCGGCUCAACAGCAGCAGCAGCAGCGGCAAAAGGCAAGCAGCAGCAGCAGGCGCAGCCGGAUGAGGUGUACAUACACCUGCGGCUGCUGUUUCCCCUUAUGCACGAAGCUGCAGCAGACAUCGCCCGAGGCGUUGCAGCGACAAUACCGCAUAGAAGGCCCUCCGUGUCGGAUGCCCAACUCCAGGAGACUGCGUUGGUACGUUGCUUCUUGUUUCUGACAACGAUGUUGUCAACGUCUGCACACAUGAUAUUGGGUGCUCGCGGCUCGGCAGCAGCAGCACAAGCUUCUGCUGCUGCUGCUGCUGCAGGGGAUCCUUUGGCCACUGGAGCAGCAGCGGCAGCCGGUGCUGCGCCAUUAAACGCAGCAGCAGAAAAGGCUGCUAUGCUGCAGUCGCUGCACCGCGCGUUUGCUGCUUGCUGCUCGCCGCUGCAUCCACUAGCUUUGGGAUGUCUGAACACUGCAGCAAGGCUUGCCUUGGGUCCCUUCUUUUCCCAGCCACAGCAGAAGCAACAGCAGCAGCAGCACCAAGGAUGUCUCUGCUGCAGGAGACGUGCUGCUGCUGCUGCUGCCGUCGCGAACCUCGCAGCAGUGCCCGGGGCGAGUUGGAGCGCUUGUAGAGGCAGCAGCUAUGCAGCACAGCAGCAGCAGCAUCAGAGAGAUUUGCUGCAGCUAGAGGAAGUUCAGCUGUUGCGGCUUGAAAUAAACCGAAGCACCAGCAGCAGAAGCAGCAGCAGCAGCGCUAGACAAGAGCUAGAUGCAGUGGAACAAGAAGCAGCCGCUGCUGCGCGUUCUGCUGCUGCAGCCUUGCAGCACGUCGAUGAGGAGCAGCAAGUGCGAACAAAGCGACGUCUCGGCAGCAGCAGCAGCAUCAGCGGCAGUAAGGCCAGCGAAGCUGAUGCAUCAGCAGCAGAGGAAGCAUCUCUAGAUAAUGAGGAGGCUCGAGCUGCUGCAGAGCAGGAUUUGUAUGGAGUUGACUUUUCUGCAGCACAGGAGCUGCCUGCUGAGGAGCAGCAACAGCAGCAGCAACAGCAGCAGCAGCAGCUUCACAGAUGGGAAGAGGACCUGUGGAACACGAUUGCAGCAGCAGCACCGCCGCAGCAGCAGCAACGCAAGAAGCAGCAGCUGCGUAGCCUUCCUACCCUUUACAGAAGCCUCAAAGAUAUGGGAGUCUAUGAUGCAGACACCGAAGCCUCCUGCUGCUCUUGCAGUAGCAGCAGCAGCAACGGUGACCGCAUGCAGAUGGACGGCGUACACAGCAGCGAGUGUUGCUGCAUGCGCAGCAGCAGCAACAGCAGCAGCAACAGCAGCAAGGGUUUGUUUACUGUUGAGGAGCUGCAGCUUCUGCUAGGGGCUCUUGCACCUUUAGCUUCCCACCGCAGCUCGGAGGUUACGCUGCUGCUGCAGUGGUUAGCUGUUGUUUUUGCUGCUUCUCCUCCUCGUAGAGCUGCAGAUUUCUUUGAGCGUACUCACAUAGCUGCUGCAGCUCCUGCAGCUCCUGCUGCUGCAACACCAGCACUAGGUCCUGCUUUACUGCAGCAGCAAGUCAAGAAUGAGCAACCAGCGGAUACACCACCAAAUCCUGCUGCUGCAGCUGCUGCAGCUCCUCCUGUUUUAGCUGCCCCUGCACCAGGAGGCCCUGCUGCAGACGCGCAGACCUCUGGCGUCGACGAGUCGCAGCUGCUGCCAGUCCCGCUGCUGCAUGCAUUGCUUCAGGCCACACAGUCUUCAGUGGCUGGCGUGCGUCGUGCAGCUCUCGUGCUGCUAGACCUGCAGCUGGUGCAGCAACACCGAGUGUAUCUGCAGCAGCAGCGGCUGCCGCCUCGGCCCCUUGGGUGUGUAGACAAGCUGCAGAUGCUGCUGUUGAUGCCCCACUGGGGGGUUCUGUCCUCGCGCAAUGUGCUGCACACAAUUGUGUCUCUAAUGCUGCUCAAUGCCAGCAGCAGCAGCAACAGCAGCAGUGGCAUUUUAAGUAGCAUUGACUUGCUGUCGCAGCCGGCUUUGCCGCCUCGGCAGCUGCUGCGCGAUGCUGCUGCUGCGCUGCUGCCGCCGUUGCUGCCGGAGCUGCAGCAGACCCCGACCCUCAACAGCGUGUGCGAGAUCAGCGUGCUGCACCAUAUUCUACAGCAACAGCAGAAACAAGGUGAAGACGGUGCUGCUGCUGAGGGUGUCGCUGCUGUACCCCCGCUGGUGGCCCGUGGUAUCGCUGCCUACUCUGCAUGCGCGUCUCCGCAGCUGCAACAGCAGCAACAGGAGCAGCAGCAGCAGCAGCAGGAACAACCGCAGCAGCAGCAGAAGCAGGACGGGGCCUACAAGGUUGAGGUGUAUCUGCAACUGCAGCGGUCUCAGCACCUGCCUGGGUUUAAGGAGUGGCAGCAAUCCUUAGAAUCCGCAUUGCAGCAGCACGCCUUAUUCUGCAUGCAGCAGCUACUACCUCCUUCUCCUCCUCAACAGCAGCAGCAGCAGCAAUUGUGCCGUCUGCAGGAUGGGGAGAGCUUCUUUGGUGGCCUUGAGGUUGUCUCUUUCUUCUCAAUCCCCUUAAUGUCUUUCCUUCUUGCUGCUGUCUUAAAAGCCGCUUGGUCCAUUGCCUCUGAGGAGCAGCGGGAGAAUAUAUCUGAGGCUGUUGCUCUCUUCUUAUCUCGGCAGAUACACAGCAGCAGUGGCGACGAUGGCAUAUCGGGAGGGGACCCACAUGCGAAGCAGCAGCAGCAGAUGCUGCAGCGAGGCGGCAGCAGCAGCAGCAGCUGCAAGAGCCGCGUUUUGCAACCCUUCCUAGAGGCGCUGCUGCAGCUGGAUCCGCUCCCGCUGCUGCCGGUUGAUGUACUGCAGCACUUGGCGCUGCAUUGCAACUGCAGCAGAGAAUGCUUGCAGCUGCUGCAACACAGCUACCUGCAUGCAGUCACUGCGUCGGCCGAUGCAGCAGCAGCUGCUGCUGCAGCUUCUGCUGCUCCUGCAGGAGCAAAGUCACAACAACCACCCCAGCAGCAGCCCCAGCAGCAGCAACCCCAGCAACAGCAACAGCAGCAGCAGGCGAAGCAGGAAGAUUCCUGUGUAGACUUCGGCCUGCGAAAGUAUCGCUUCUUCGAUGGCGACAUCGAGCCAGAGAGAGACCCAGCUGCAGCAACAGCAGCAGCUGCUGCUGCAGCAGCUGUUGCUGAGGGACAGACCCCAGAAAGUGCAGCAACAGUGGCAGCAUACAAAAAGCAGCAACAGCAGUACUCAAGUCUUGCUAGGAAGGCUGCUGCUCACUUGGCUGAGGUGUAUGCACACCUCGAGGAGACAGACUAUAGGAUUGGUGUUAUAAACACUCGUGUGCAGUGUCUCCCCACAGUUACUGCUUUAUCGUUAAUGCAGCACAGUCACUUUGGUGCAGCGAAGAAUGGAAUGCGUUUGGAAACGGAGGAGCGGAGAGAAGAGGUAACAUGGUGGGAGCGUCUGUGGAUCGACUGCUGCCGCGAGUUGAAUAGAUGGAAUUCUUUGCACGAAGUAUCGCAGGCAGCCGCACGGAGAUCUCGGCUGUCUCUGCAGUGUGCAGCAAAGCUGCAGCACUGGGGGGAGAUCGAUAGGCUGCUGCAGCUGCAUCAGAUAACAGAGCCUGCCACCAAACUCUGCCAGACUUACCAAUCGCUUCAUGAAGUUUUAUACCCCAAAGGCCAGUUGGAGACAGACUCCCGGCCUUGGAUUCGGACGGAGAAGCUGCAGGAGAUCGACAUGCACUGCGCUGAAGUCCAGCGGCUGCUGUUGCAGUCUUGGAGAAGCCUGCCUCUCAUCCCGACCGAAGCUCACGUGCCGCUGCUGCUGCAGUUCCAGCUGUACGUGGAGCUGCUUGAGGGUUACAAACUUAUUCUUCAUCUCGCCAAGAAGAUGAGUAGCCCAGGCGAGGUGCCGCUUGUGCGGACAACUUUGAAUGCAUGGAGGGAUCGUCUGCCAAACGACUGCGACGCGAUUAGUUGUUGGAACGACCUCUUUGUUUGGCGUAAUUUCGUGUUUAGUAUUGUACAGUCUGCAGUAUCUGCCUCUCCUCAUCUAUCAAGAGAAGAGAAGAAAUUUUUGCCUCCUUUCUUACAAGAUUUACCCUGGACAAUGUUACGUUUUGCUGCUAUUACAAGAAGUGCUCACGAAUUAAGAGAUAUUUCUUUGGCGCUUCUUAUUAAACUUCAGCAUCUACCAGCAUUCAAUCAGCCCGCCUAUGCACAGGAGCACCUACAGGCACUGGUGGAGAAGGCAAAACUGUGCCUGGAUGAACCAUCGCAUUGGGUCGCUGGUGUCCAGCUGCUGAAUUCGUUAGACAUGGAAGCUCUCUCCGAGGGCCCUCAGUGGCAGCAACCGCAGCUGCAGCAGCAAAGUCUGCAGCUGCUGCUGCUUAAAGCGAAGCUGCUGCAUCGUUUGCAUGCCUCUAAUGAGCCGGAACAACACCCGGGGUUGUCUAGGGACGAGCUUGCACAGGAAGCGGAGUCGGUGCUGCGCACCGUUUUGCUGCUGCAGCCGUUGUAUGGCCCUGCUUGGUUGUGCUGGGCAAAGCUGCAUGACACCUUAUUCUUAGCUGCAUUGAAGCAGCGGCACCAGCAGCAACAGAUGCAACAGCAGCAACAGCAGCAGCAGAUGUUGCUGCUGCAGCGGCAACAACAGCAAUCCAUGCAAAACCAGUCAAUGCAGCAGGACAGUGUCGACGGCAACAGCAGCACCAGCACCAGCAACACCACCAGCAGCAGCAAGAAUGAUGCCAGUUUUGCAGAGCCAACUCCAACCGACUGGGCGGCGCUGCAGCUGCACCUGGCAGCAGCAGUAACAGGAUACGUGAUGGACAUACAGCUCAGACCUGCUAAGAGUUCUCUGUACAUGUCUCGCGUUCUGUGGCUGUUGUCCUACGACGGAGACACGCGCCCGCCUACCCCCACGGCAGCAGCAGCAGCAGCAACAGCAGCAGCAGCAGCAGCCGCGGCAGCAGCCCCGUUAGAUCCCUCAGCAGCCGUCGCAGCUGCUGCUGCUGGAACUCCUGUUGAUGCUUCUGCCGGCCCAGGAGCAGCAGCUGCGGCUGCUGCUGGAUUGACGUCCCCUGCUGCCCCGAGCGACACGACGCAGUCCCCCGGUGCAGCAGCAGCUGGGCCAUCUGCAACAGGAGGAGCUCCAUCUGCAGCGGCAGCAGCAGGCAAAGAAUCUUCGCUGUGCCUCCGAGUGUUUAGACAGCUGAUGGCUAAGUGCACACAACCGCAGCAGCUGCUGCCAUGGCUACCGCAAAUGUUGACUGGACUUGAUAGGCCGGAAGCGGCGGAGCUGGAGCGGCUGCUGUACGCGCUGCUUCUGCAGGCGCCGCAGCAGCUGUACUUCGAUAUUAGGACGGCUUAUUUGGAGAAGAGGGAGCAGUAUGCGCAGCAGCAACUCCUGCAGACCCUGAAGCCACCUCAGCAGCAACAGCAACAACAGCAGCAACAGCACCUACCGCAGCAGCAGCAAAGCCUUACGCUCCUCUCAGGAGUUGGUUGCUCACGCGAAGCCAUCAACAGUAGACGAGAUAAUAUGUGCUGUUCGUACUUUGCUGCAGCAGUGCUUAGAGAGCCUCCUCCUCUACCUCCUGGUAGUAGUAAUAGUAGUACUGGAAGCAGCAGCAGUAACAGCAGCAGCGGCAGCAGCAAGAGCAGGAGAGGUGUUAGCAGCCGCAGCGGUUGCUGCUGCGGUGGUGCUGCUGCUGAGUCAACCCGUCGUGUGAUGCGAAGUCUAUGGCCGGUCUUUAAGGCGGACUUUGAAUUUGCCGCAUCUCCCGACCCUCCUCCAACCCCAACAAACAGCAGCAGCAGCAGCAGCAACAGCAGCAAUAACAGCCCCAGCAGCAACAAUAACGGCAGCAGCAAUGUGGGCUUGUGUGAGGUUAUUGCUAAGCUAAAGAGAUGGAAAGAUUAUCUAACAGUGCAUGCACAGAGUCAAGAUCAGCAAGCCCCAUUGGAGGAUGUUGGUGCUUCUUUAUGUGAUGUAUUUAUGCGUGUUAGUGUAGAGAUAGAGGUGUCUAUACACCCUAGAUGCAGAUUAUUAGAGGAUUCACCAUCACAAGUAACGCUGCAGCAAAUACUUAAUGAGACAUCAAGAGCAGCAGCAGAUCCAGCAAAGACAGACCCUGAUCUUCCUGUGCUGCUGCACCGUAAGAUGAUGACCUAUGAGAUCAAUAAUAAAAUGUUGCAGCAUGCAUUACGUAUACUCACAGAAAAUAACAACAACAAUACCAUGCAGCAGCAAGGACAGCAGCAGCAGCAAGGGCAACAGCAACAGCAGCAAGGUCAGCAGCAGCAAGGGCAGCCUGCAACUGGACUACCGAACCAGCCUACCACUAAUGCUGCCAAUAGCAGCAACAGCAGCAACAAUGGCAGUAUGAGGAGGCUUCCGCAGCAGCUGAUGCAGAUUCUUACAGCUCCUGGUUUCUGUCAGGAUAAGGAGCAGCAGCAACUCCUUGAUCGUAUACUCGAGCUGCAGCCGCUAGAACCUGUUGCUGCAGCAGCAGGGGAUAGUUCUGCUGUUACUCCCGGUACGAAUGCGUCAGCAGCUGACAAUGCUGCUGGUGUGCAGAAGAAUGGUGUUGCAGGAUCAGCAGCAGAUGGGCUCCCCAGGAGCAACAGCGAGAAUGGCAUCAACAGCAGCAGCAACAGCAGCAGCAACAACAACAGCAGCAGCAACAACAACACGAUGAACGGCAGCAGCAAUACAUCAAGCCAAGGAUCAUCAGCACCCGUAUAUGACCAACAGCAGCAGCAAGAACAGCAACAACAACAACAACAACAGCAACAGCAAGAACAACAGCAACAACAACAAUAUCAUCAACAACAGCAGCAGCACCAGCAGCAUCAGCAGCAGCAACAACAGCAACAACAAGAACAACGAUGGAAACAGCAGCAGCAGCAGCAGCAACAUAUUCUCCUGCAACAGCAACAACAGCAACAGCAACAGCAACAGAAUAAUGAUAAUAUUAGCCCGCAGGCAGGGAAUGGGCAACAACAACAACAAGUUUCUGCAGCAAGUAAUAACAGUAUCAACAGUAACAUCAGCAACAUUAGCAGCAACACAUACAACAGCAACACCAGCAACAUCAGCAACAGCAGCAGCAGCAGCAAUUAUAAUAGUACAGAAGAAACUGUUGCUAUUCGUCGUGUUGUUGAUAUCAAUAUCAGCAGAAUAUCCGAAAUACUCAAAAGACUACAAGGAACACCACAACCUGCUGCUGAACCGAAACCUGAUCAGCUGCCUAUUGACUCGCAAGUCGCUCUUCUCAUCCGCAUCGCCACCCGCAAGGAUUUCCUCGCCACUGCUAAGCCCACAUGGCAAGCUUGGUACUAG